AUUAGAACAUUCGGACCGUCUGAAAGAACGAUGGCGUCGCACGAGAAGCAAGUUUGGCGAGCGAGCGAGAAGAUCGAGCGACUACGGCAGGACGACGACAUUAUCUUGGCGCCCAUCGUGUUGCACAUGCAAGACAUCCAACAGCUGAUGGGUCGCCCAGAGGAAGUUCUUCUCUGGCCGCAAGUGGGGGGCUCCAGUUCAGCACAGGUGUGCCCACAGCCUCCCAACAUCAAAGAGGAAGAGGACGAGGUGGACGUCAGUGAGCUGCCGCUAAGCAUCGUUGUGGUGAAGAGCGAGGACGACGAGGACCACCCGCCCGCGAGCUCGCGGCUUGGCUUUCACGGUCCAAGCGGAGAGCCCCGUGAAGGCUCGCCUGUAGACGAGCUCCCGGCUCAGCUGGCGCAGCCCCAAAAAGCUUUGAGGAUCUGUGCAGACCACCAAGGUGACGAUAAAUGCUUGAAAGGCUCCCGGAAGGACGUGAGGCCUCCCACGGCCGAAGAUCGUUUCACCUGCUCUGUUUGUGGCAAAAGCUUCACCAAGGCUUAUCAAAAUAGACACAUGAGAACCCACACGAGAGCGAAAACGUUUCGUUGCUCCGUUUGCGGCGAAACCUUUGCCCAGAAGGUCUCUUUGAUUGUACACAAGGUAACGCACACGCUAGAAAAUCCUUUCACUUGCUCAGUAUGCAGCAAAAUCUAUUAUAUCAAAGACCAUUUGAGUCGACACAUGAGAACGCACACGGGGGAAAAACCUUUCGCUUGCUCCGUUUGCGGUGAAAGGUUUGCCCACAAGAUCUCGUUAGUGGCGCACACAGCGACGCACACGGGGGAAAAACCCUUCGCUUGUUCCGUUUGCGGCGAAAGCUUCUCAUAUAAGCAUUGUGUGACGAGACACAUGAGGACACAUACGGGGGAAAAGCCCUUCACUUGCUCUGUUUGCGCUCAAAGCUUUACGUACAAGGAGACUUUAAAUUCUCACAUGCAGACGCACACGGGAGAAAAACUCUUCACCUGCUCAGUUUGCGGCAAAAACUUUUGUUAUAAGAACGGUUUAAAAUCGCACGUGCUGACGCAUGCCGGUGAGAAACCUUUCACCUGCUCACUUUGUGGUAAAAGCUUUGCUUAUAAGAGUACAUUGAAAUCGCACGUAAGGAAACACAAUGGAGAACAAACUUUUUAGCAUUUUUCUCACAAUUUUAGUUUGUACAGCCAUUUGUUUAAAAAAAAAAGAGCAUUUUCAAUGUAAAUUGUUUCUUUUUUAAAGAGAAGUAUCUUUAACUUAAUAAAUAGUUUUUUCUUGUUGUUGACCCGAAUCAGACCUGAGUGUAAAGUUUUUCUAUUAAUGGUCAGUUGGGUCUUUGAAAACCUUGAUUACAGCAUCCUUGAAUUUGGAACUUUGAAAUGCAACUGCAAAUAGUUUCCCUUUGGUAUUUUGUGUGUUUAUUAAAGAUUGUUUUGUCUA